AUGUCGUAUCCGAUUACUGAACCAGGAUUCGCAAUCGUACUCUCCAUUCUCGGACUGAUAUCAGGCGGCAUCCAAAUUUUCAAUGAAGAAGACAAUUCGAUGAAAAUUCCGCAUUUCCUCGGAAUCGGAAUCAACGUCAUCGCGUUGCUCGGAGCUGUUCACAACAGCCCAUUCCCACUGCGCAUCAUUGUUUGGCUCACUCUUAUCAAUGUCGUUAUCGAGUUCCUUCUUAUUCUGAUUUUACCGGUGCUCAUGUCCUCCCAAAUCGCUUCUGGAUAUACCGAAGGGCUCGCAUUCUUGACUCCGAAAAUGAAGGAGCUUAAUGCAGAAAAAUUUAACGAUCAAGAGCGAUUCUUCAUGGGAAUGACGAUGGGAUAUUCGGUCGAGAUCGCGUUCGCAUUUGCAAUGCUCAUCGGUAUCAUGCAAUAUGUGUUGUUCAAUCGCCUUUACAUGUACGCCAAAUACUUGUCGGAAAAUGGAUUGGAGAGCAAGCAAUCAAUGGCUUAA